UUCAAGAUGGCUCAGGGAUCCGGGGACCAGAGAGCAGUGGGGAUCACUGAUCCUGAAGAGAGUUCUCCCAACAUGAUUGUCUACUGCAAAAUCGAGGACAUCAUCACAAAGAUGCAAGAUGACAAGACAGGGGGUGUGCCCAUCAGAACAGUUAAGAGUUUUCUCUCCAAAAUCCCCAGUGUCGUCACAGGUACAGACAUUGUGCAGUGGCUUAUGAAGAACCUUUCCAUUGAGGACCCAGUUGAAGCAAUACACCUGGGAAGCCUUAUUGCCGCCCAGGGCUACAUCUUCCCAAUCUCAGACCACGUUCUCACCAUGAAAGACGAUAGCACCUUUUACCGUUUCCAGGCUCCUUACUUCUGGCCUUCAAACUGCUGGGAACCUGAAAACACUGACUAUGCCAUAUACCUCUGUAAGAGGACAAUGCAGAACAAAGCAAGGCUGGAACUGGCAGACUACGAAGCAGAAAACUUAGCAAGACUCCAGAGGGCCUUUGCAAGAAAGUGGGAGUUCAUCUUUAUGCAAGCAGAGGCACAAGUGAAGAUUGAUCGGAAAAAGGAUAAGACAGAAAGGAAAAUUUUGGAUAGUCAAGAACGGGCCUUUUGGGAUGUCCACAGGCCAGUGCCAGGCUGUGUGAACACAACAGAAAUGGAUAUCAGAAAAUGCCGACGUUUGAAGAACCCUCAAAAGGUUAAAAAGUCAGUGUAUGGUGUGACUGAAGAGUCCCAGUCACAGAGUCCAGUGCACAUACCAAGCCAGCCAAUCAGGAAAACUACAAAGGAUGACAUUCGAAAACAGAUAACGUUUUUGAACGCACAGAUUGACAGACAUUGUUUGAAAAUGUCCAAAGUGGCUGAAAGCUUAAUCGCUUACACAGAGCAGUACGUGGAGUAUGACCCUUUCAUAACGCCAGCAGAGCCAUCUAAUCCUUGGAUCAGCGAUGACAUCACUUUAUGGGACAUAGAGAUGAGCAAAGAGCCCAGCCAACAGCGAGUAAAACGGUGGGGAUUCUCUUUUGAUGAGAUACUGAAAGAUCAGGUGGGGCGAGACCAGUUCCUUCGAUUCCUGGAGUCGGAAUUCAGUUCAGAAAAUCUCAGGUUCUGGCUGGCUGUCCAAGAUCUCAAGAAGCAGCCUCUGCAGGACGUGGCCAAGAGGGUGGAGGAAAUCUGGCAAGAGUUUCUAGCUCCAGGAGCCCCAAGCGCAAUCAACCUGGAUUCUCACAGUUAUGAGAUAACCAGUCAGAAUGUCAAAGACGGAGGGAGAUACACAUUUGAAGAUGCCCAGGAGCAUAUCUACAAACUGAUGAAGAGUGACAGCUACGCCCGCUUCUUGCGGUCCAAUGCUUACCAGGACCUGCUGCUGGCCAAGAAGAAGCCAGAAAGUGAGCAAGGUCGUAGAACUUCCCUAGAAAAAUUCACUCGCAGUGUGUGCUGCUGGCGCAGAGUCAGAAUGGCCGCCGCGUUUCACCCCCGAGGUGGCUUCCUUCCAGCUGUGGGGAAAGUCGCUGGCGGGCAAGCGCCUCACGGGCCUGAUGCAGUCCUCCUGACCGCCCCCACUCCAGGGCCUGGGCCCUCAGAGCACCCGGGCAGGCGGCGCUCCACAUCCACGGACAGAGCUUCCUUGAGGGGAGAUUUGGUCACUGUGAAGGAGAAAGAGUGA